CGGCCGUCGCCGGGCAAGCGCGCUGAGCGGGGCGUGCGUGUGUGCGCAGGGUUCACGGGCAAGCGGUGCGAGCGCGAGGCGGACCCGUGCUCGUCGUCGCCCUGCCUCAACGGCGGCUCGUGCGCGCGCAACGGCUCCCGCUUUGCGUGCGCGUGCGGCCCGGGCUUCGCCGGCGCCACCUGCCAGCACAACCUCAACGAGUGCGAGUCCAGCCCCUGCCGCCACGGCAUCUGCGUCGACGAGGACGGCGGCUACCGCUGCUUCUGCCGGCCCGGGUUCACCGGGCAGAACUGCGAGUUCGAGUACAACGAGUGCGAGAGCUCGCCCUGCAUCAACGGCGGCACCUGCCUGGACCGCGUGGGCCGCUACGCGUGCGUGUGCGGCCGCGGCUACACGGGCAAACGCUGCCAUCUUAAGAUUGACCUGUGCGACCCGAACCCGUGCCGAGCGCAUCAUCUGUGCGUGGACCGAGGAAACAACUACUCGUGCGAGUGCCCGCAUGGAUACGCGGGACCCGACUGCCUGGUGCCGUCGCGCGCGGCGUGCAGCGUGAACCCCUGCCGGCACGGGGGCACGUGCUGGAGCUCUGUGGAUUCCUUCUACUGCGCGUGCCGACCCGGCUACACCGGCGCCACGUGUGACGAGGAGUUCGUGCUGGAGAGCAUCCCGUCGGCGCUGCCGGCCGGGCCGCCGGGCGCGCCGCUCGACCUGACGCUGGCGGCGCCGGCGGCGCGCCUGGGCCACCUGCACCACGUGUACAUUGCGGCGGGCACGCUCGCCUGCGCCAUCGUCAUCGUGGCGCUGACGGUGGCCGCGUGCCACUGCCGCGUGCACGAGACCUACAAGCGCUGCCUGCUGGGCGCGCCGGGCGCCGGCCUGGGCCUGGGGCUGCUGGGCGGCAAGACGCGGGGCGGCGGCGGCGGCGCCGGCCACGGCGGCGGCCACGGCGGCGGCGCGGCCACGGGCGGCAGCGCCGACGACCUGCGCUGCUCGAGGCCCAGCCACACGCUGCCGCCGCACAGCUCCCGCGGCGGCGGGCGCGGGGCGGCGGCAGGCGGCGAGAAGGGCUCGGGCCCCAACCGCUCCUUGCCCGCUCUGGAGGCGGCCGACCUCUACUACACGCUGGACUUCAGCGACAGCCAGAGCUCGCCGCUCAUCCAGUAAGCGAGCGCCGAGGCGCUGGCGCCGUCGCCCCCGACGACCUCCAUGAAGACGACGACGACGGCGACGACGACGGCGCGGCGCCUGCGGGGCGAUGGCCGCCCCCUUCGCAGCGGGGCCGCUCGCCCCGUCCCCCCUCCACCGCUCCCCGACCCCCGCCGCACGUGACGUCAAACCAGCGCCGCCACGCAACUCGUAGAAAGUACAAUAUUGUUUCGGGAGAACGCGAUCGCAAUUACAGCGAAAAAGCGAGUUUAAGAUGAUUGCAAUUUAAAAAAAUGAAACGUAGAACGUUAUGGUCGUAUUUUCUUGAUACCGGUGAUUACAUUUUCUAGAAAAAGUACAUACAAAGCGGUUGUUACGAAUGUAUCGUUUUAUUUACGUCUUUAUCGAUUGCUCUAAUCUGAAUAGUAGUGACGUUGAUAUAUCUUUAUUAUAUAUCCCUCUAUACUCUACAAUAAUGCAAGUAGAUAAAUAAUUGUACGUAAAUGUAAAUCGAAAUCUCUUGUACGAUUUUGUCGUGAAAAUUAAACGAAAUACCGACGCUUCUGACACGAGUUAAUCAAUUUUUACGUACAACUAAAUUUGUAAGUUACCUUGCGUUAACAUGAAAGUAAUGAAUGGUCGUUCCGAAUACAUUGGUACCUUCACAUCGUCAAUGCCGCAUUGAACCGACUUGUUUAUGUUAAAAUUUGGGUUAAAUUUGCAUUGUGAACGAACUAUAAAUGCAGCGAGGAACCACGUAAUGAACAUGCAAACAUCCCUCAGGUUGAAUGUAUGCCUUUCGAUGUGCUAACGUUUGAGUUGUAGCGAAAUUUAAUACAGUGAAGAGUAGUAUAACCACUAUGUCCUCACUAUCUGUUUCUAGAUUAUUUACGCUACACAAAAUUUUAACAGGUCGCAAACAUGUUGGCACUACAGAUGCAGGGGCAAUAGAAAGUUCAUUACAUUAUCACUCUUGUUAAAUCGUAUAAUUUACUCUGGAUAAAUAUAUUCAAACAUCGAAUGAAAUUUCGAAGUAACCUUUGUUUUCAAUCCUUUCAAUAGUUUUCCAGUUCUAUACCUUUUUAAAUGGUCCAUUCAAGCGGAGUAUUAUAGUGAAAAGUUGUAUUGCAAAUGCCAGUAUAUGAACUUGCGUUCAACUCGAGGAGCGCGGCCAAAACUGAAUUUUUUCACGAAAAUAUUUUUCAAAUCACCGAAUAUUUUCGUGGGUAUUUACCUUGCAUUAAAUUGCACAUAGUCUUAUCUUUCUAAAAUGCGAUAUUACGCAAUAAUGUAUGCUCAAUAAAUUCUAAAACUACGAUACAUUUCAAUUCAUAUUGUUGAGACUCGGUUUUUUAAUUUUAAUUACAAGAGCGUAAUAACGGACCUGAAAAUAAUUCUGAAGGAGACUUCACCCAAAAGUGACUGUCUGAAUUGUAUAUCUUUAUACACCAGACAGUUCUGAUGUUAUACCGCCAUUAUAUCAUAAAAUUUCAACUGCAGAAAGAACCGACCUACGGAAAUAAGUUUUGUUUCUUAGGUGAUGGUACAUUCUGAAUGCUUCAUGGAAUUCAAGUAGUAUCUCACAGUGCAAUUUUUGAAAGUUUUCAAUACUUCUCUCUUUUUGCGUUAUUCUUUCUUUUCUUAUACGCCAACACUCAAUUCGAAACAGUACAUCCCUUCCUCCACGUAUUUGCUAACGUAACUAAUAGAAAGGUCCAGAAUCAUUGGAAUUUUCCACACUAAAAUAAGACUCAAAUUCCGCUCCCCUCUCUGUUGGAUUAAACUACACUCGUUCGUCAAAUGCAGAAGUUCUGUUCGCAGUAAUUCCCGUUGCAUCCUAUUUGGACAGGCUCUGAGUCCACUCAGAAUUCGAAAGUUGCAGGGCCUCCAUUACAACAAUGUCACAUCGUAGCGACUGCGUAGAGAACUCAAUUUGAGUCUUGCAAGCGACAUUGUAUUUUCGACCCCGCAUUAACGAAACACUCACAGAAACUUUAUUUCCCGAAAGCGAGUCCUAAAACCAAAAUUAUGUAUUAUUCCUCAUUCCACCUUUCCCAAUGAAAACUUACGGUCAGAGUUCCGAAGCGUGAAUUCAGCAGACGCGAAUGCGUGGCGUACAUGACGUAGUAAAAAUGACGUUCUCUUUUUUUUUAUUUCUCCCACUCCCGUCCAAUUCGGGCGCGGUCGCAUUUGUUUCGGAGAUGAAUAGGACCCUUCAAGGGCCUUGCACAAAGGGCCCGUAGCAAUAAAUUCGCCACUCGCUCUAUGGCUGACGUGUGAGCGUUCUAACAGCACGUCUCUGGGACUCGCCGGCAUCGGAAACGUCCCAACUUAUUCCCGGGGACGCAGAUGAAGUUAGUGGUAUCCCCUCAUUAAAAUGAAGAUUACUAGUCGGUCGUUAACCUGCGCUGGCCUGGUCCGAAAGCACGACCCGCUGGAGUUGGCGUCACGCGCUCAAGGCUGGGCGACCCCCAACCCCCUCCUCGGAUUACCCGCCUUCGAGUUUUAACGCACUUCACGGUGACGUCACACUCGACACGCACCGAACUUGCGAGAUUUUUUAUUCACUCGUGUGCACGUUCGAUUUCAUAUACGACGAUCUCACAAUUCUUUCUUUCGCCGACACGUGGUAAUAUUCUAAAUUUAAUAUUUUUCAAACAGUCCCCCGCACAGUUCUGUGGUGUGUUGGUAGAAUGUCAUGAUGCGGGUUCUAAGGACUCGAGAGACCAAAGAGAUGAGUGUCAGAUCGAGAAGCGCAGUGGAUCAUCGAUUCAUCUCGAGGGAAUUAGAGUAGUAUCGAAUUAGUUCUUCCUCCCACAAAUGGUCUAUGCUGUAUUUUAUCCUUAUAUACAACCUGUGAAAUUGUUUCCUCGUGGGUAAGGACAGUCUUUAAAACGUAGUUAGUGAUGUUGCCUGACGGGCGCCAGAAACUAGUAUCAAUUUGGUUAGUAGAGCAUUUCUGGCGCCCUUUGCUCACCGGGGUGCUCAAAAUACACCCAUCACCUCUUGUUCUGACGCCUCUGCAAACAAAGAAACAAACCAAAAAAAGUUGUUCAAACGUAUUUUUUAAGAAACGCUUCUAGAUACAUGAGAGAACCGGCGAGCAUGUAGCAGGUACCACUGCUCCGCAAACAAAAUUUCCGCGUGUUCUAUCCCUGGCCAGUCCUCAACUGCCAGUCCUCGCGCACCGAGCCCAACUCGUCCCCACCACGCGGUAGCACCCGGGCCUCGGCUUGCCCAGUCGCACCGGUUAGCGCUACGUAAGUGUGUCAGUCGACAAAUUGACUAGUGCCAAAAGAAUGCUGAGUAGGAGGUGUUAACUAGCAAAGAAGUGCCAAAGAUAGUCAUGUAAGACGCUUUGUAAGUCCGCGGGCCACUACCAGUGAAGUCCGCUUGCACAGCAGGGCUGUCCGGAGCCCUGCUGCCCCGCUUGUCCUGAGAAUUGCUCUCUCUGCAUUCCAUCCACAAACAUUCAUUCAACUGCUACAUUCUUAUCUACUGGUAUGUGUGAGAUGUUGAACUACUGUUUCAUUGUUAUUGCCUGUUUGUCAUUUUGUGAAAGUCAAUGUACACAGUCUUCGGAUAUAAUAAACUUGUGAAGUGUGCAUGUUUGUACCCAAAAAAUACCAAAACAGAUAUUAUAAUUUCCAACACCACUAUAAAAGACUACCUACACAGCAUUCAAUAUAAGAGACAGACAGUUUCUUUUCAGUACACAACUCUGAAAAUGAAGGACCCAACAAGAAAGGUAAUUUCCCUUCUACAAUAUGUUC